AUGUAAAUUGAUUUCGGCAUAUAUUUAUAGAUUGUAUCUGCCAUGUGCAUCAUCCUCAACCAGAAAAAUGAUAAAAGGUUUCAAGAACAAGUAUACUGUCUCCCCCCCGAUAUUGCGAACAUGGCCCUUUCGAAGCACCCAAAGGGGGAAUUCAUAUCACCUAAAACCAAUAAAGAAUUCAAGGUGGAAGACUACCCGAGUUUUAUUCCCUUCAUAGAUGCAAAAAAAUUAACUUCUCAUCGAUAUAUUUUUGCACCUGUUUGCUACUCGGGCCAUUGGUGGUUAUGGGUGAUUGAUACAACAAAGCGGAGAUGUCAUAUACUUGACCCGCUACACAAGAAAGCUCCAAGCGAAGAGAGAAAGCAGCUUAAUAAAUUUACUGGAUAUGUAUUUUCAAGAUUGAGAGCAUAUGCCGGUGGGGAACCUCUGAAGAAAGACGAGAAGGAGAAGGAAAUUAAAGCAUCAUAUGUUAAAAUAUCAGGCCAAAAAUCAAGCUAUGACUGCGCUAUCUACGUUAUGAAGUGGCUUGAGUUAAUUGAGCCGGAAAACAUUAAAAAGGGAAAGUAUGAAUGGGAUAAUUGGAAACAGGAGGAGGUGGACCACUAUAGAGUGGAGUAUGCUUCGCAGAUACUAUUCAGUGAAAUGAAUAAAGAGAGAGAUCAAGCAAUUAGAGAGAGUAAUGCAAUAAGGCUAUCGAAGCCAUCCUCCGUAUUAUUGAGUCCGUUUUGUCAAAUAAAUUCUACUGAUAUAGAAACUGCGUAA